UUGGCUCUGGUGUCGAGCAAGAAAGUUGCCUUCUUGCGUUGCACACUGCGAAAUACGCAAAACACGCUCUCGCGACUUUGAUAACCCACGCAGCUUUCUUCGCGUCGGAGGAGAGCCUGACUUACCGCAACAAUGUCGAGACAUUGGGAGCAGAACAAAGAUGCGACCGUCUACGUCGGCAAUAUCGACGAGCGCUUCACGCAGGAGCUGCUCUCGGAGCUCAUGACGCAGGUCGGCCCAGUGCGCCAAGUCCACAUGCCGCAGGACCGCGUAUCGCAGACACACCAGGGCUACGGCUUCGUCGAGUUUGACACGCCCGCUUCGGCAGAGUACGCCGCCAAGGUGCUCAACGGCAUCCGCAUCUGGGGCAAGCCGAUCCGCGUCAACAAGGCCAGCGCCGACAAGCAGAAGGCCGUCGACAUUGGCGCCGAGCUGUUCAUCAACAACCUCGACCCCCAGGUCGACGAGAAGAUCCUCUACGACACCUUCAGCCAGUUCGGCCAGAUCCUGCGCCAGCCGAACAUCGUGCGCGACGAGAACCACAUCUCCAAGGGCUAUGGCUUCGUCAGCUUCGACUCGUUCGAGGCCAGCGAUGCCGCCCUGUCCACCAUGAACGGCCAGUACCUGCUCAGCAAGGCCAUCACCGUCGAGUAUGCCUACAAGAAGGACGGCAAGGGCGAGCGCCACGGCGACGAGGCCGAGCGCAAGCUGGCCGCCGAGGGCAAGAAGCACAACAUCCUCCCCGAGCAACAACCCCUCCCGCCCGCCUUCCACAUGACCGCCCCGAUAUCAGCAGCCGCGCCGCCAGUGGGAGCCCCCACCCGCCCAGGCGCCGCCGUGCCCUCUACCGUCAACGGCCCAGCAGCCGUCGCUCCGCCUGUCAGCGCCACCGUGCCACCCCCGGGCGGCUACGGCAGCAUGCCUCCCACAGGGCCGAGCGGAAUGGGCCGCGCGGCGCCGCCGCCUCCGUCCUUCGGCGGCCGGCCCAUGGGUACCGGCGCCGGCGGUCUUCCGCCGCCUCCGUCCGGCCUCCCCGCGCGCCCUCCCCCAAGCCACGGCGGCUUCGGCGGCUCCGCCGGCGCCUUCCACCACCCGCCGCCCCCCGCCGGCUUCCCCGCCGGGCCCCCGGGCGCCCCUGUCCCAGGCCCAGUCCCAGGCCCGGGGCAGCCGCCCGCAUAUCCCGGCAUGCCGCCGCCUCCGCCCGGCGGGUUCGCCGGUGGGCCGCCCCCUCCUGGUGCGCCGGUCCCGCCGCCGGGGUUCAUGCCGCUUCCGGCUGGGGUGCCGCAGGGGUUUGGCGCGCCGCCGCCGCCGCCUGGGUUCGCCCGGCGUUAGAAUGAACGCCGGGCUAGUGGGGAAGGUCAGGGAAUUUGCAGCUUGGACCGUGAUGGGAACGUCGAGAUAUUUGUUCAGAUAUGCGUGGCAGCAAAAAUGGUGUAGAUCAUCCAAGGGAGCGAUGGCGGGUACCGCCUCUCCCGUUGCCGGCUUGACCCCGCCAACAUGGGGGAGAGCAGACCAGUCCAGUCAACUCCCGGAGGGAAGGAAAGCGACAAGCGAUCAGUAGUCGCAGCAUCACGCCCGCCCACGACGGACAACAAGACAACGGCGGAUGAUUGACGUCCCUAUGUACCCUGACAUCGGGGCUGUGACCUGCAGGAAUAGGAAUAG